CCGCUGUUUUUUGUCCCUUUCAGACUGUUUUGGUCUUUUCGCUGUUAGCAACGGAAAGAACCUGAGAUAGCUACAAACCCAAUUAUAUAUUAUAUACAUUUUUGUUAGCUUUACACGGCAAAUCGACAAAGGGGUACUAACCCAAUGUUUCGUUCGGACAACAUAUUGGCGCGUGUUGUCUUUUUAAAUAUAUAUAUUUUUCUGUUUUAAUAGGCAUUGUACAGAUUGCUCAUUGAGCUAGCAACUGUUAGCCCGCUAUCUUAUUAGCAUAGCAUAUCAUCUUCCUCCGAGGCACGUUGACUUUAGCCUACUAGCAAGUCAGAUUUCGAGAUUGCUAACAUCAGCAAGCUGUCACAUAGCUGUACAUCUUUUUGCGGCACAGAUUGUUUAAUACGGUUUCUUUUAUGGGAUCAUCAUGUCAAUGAAGGCCGGUGGAAAUCGCAGUAAGCCCGGCGGUGGCAGCGGUGCUGGUACCACCUCCGGAGCCGGAGGAAGCGGCGGGGGAAGGCAGAGUCUUGGAAGGGGGCGACACAGUGGCAAAGGUCCUUCAUCUGUUUGUUUCAAUGGUGUGUAUGCCAAUAUGAGGAUGGUCCAUGUCCUGACCUCAGUAGUGGGGACCAAGUGUGAGCUGAAAGUCAAAAAUGGAACGGUUUAUGAAGGAGUUUUUAAAACCUAUGGGCCGGAGUGUGACCUGGUCCUAGAUGCUGCCCACAGAAAGAGCACAGAGCCAAACACAGGUCCCAGAAAAGAGGACAUUGUGGAGAGCAUCAUUUUCAAAGCCUCAGACGUCGUAGUUGUGUCCUUCAAAGAUGUGGACUUGAAUUUCGCCCGCAAAGACAACUUCACAGAUUCAGCUGUAAGUGGAAGAAUCAAUGGUGAACACAAAGAGAAAGACUUGGAGCCUUGGGACGGAGGCGAGACUCACCACUCUGACAGCCUGGAGUCUUUGGACACCGACGUGUCAAACGGCUGGGAUCCCAACGACAUGUUUAAGUUCAAUGAAGAAAAGUAUGGUGUUCUGUCCACAUACGACAGCAGCCUCUCAACUUACACGGUUCCUCUCGAGCGGGACAACUCCGAGGAGUAUUUGAAACGGGAGGCUCGGGCCGCGCAGCUGGCAGAGGAGAUUGAGGCCAGUGCCACGUAUAAGGCUCGUGUGGCUCUGGAGAAUGACGAGCGCACAGAGGAGGACAAAUACACAGCUGUGGUCCGAGGGGAGAGAGACGGACACGCAUUAAGCAGAGAGAGUAAGUACAUUCCUCCAGGCCAGAGGAACAGAGAGGCCAUGUCCUGGGGGCCGGGCCGACAGAACUCACCUCGUCUUAGUCAGAACUCAGGAGGACCCCCGACCCCUCGCUCCGGACCACACGACUACAGCCCCAGUGCCAGCUCUGACCAGAGGGUGGUCAAUGGAGGUUCAUCCCACUGGUCUUCCUCACCCUGUCCGUCUCCCUCUCGUUACCCGCCCGGCCCCUCCUCUCUCCCCCCUCGGGCAACCACACCCACCCGGCCGCCCUCCAGACCUCCCUCUAGACCUUCUAGACCUCCCUCUCACUCAUCCCACUCUUCCUACCCCUCUUCCGCAUCAUCCUCUUUUUCUCAUCAUGGGCCCACGUCGCCAGCCUCUACUUUGCCCAAACGCAUGUCUUCAGAAGGUCCACCUCGAAUGUCUCCUAAGUCCCAGAGAACUCCUCGCACUCACAGAGGACCUCCCUGCCGGACCCCUGGAGUGCCCCCUGGGUUGGAGUUAAUUUCCCACAAUGCCCCUGUAGAGGUCCCUGCUGCUCCACCAACACGAAGCAGCUCGGGAGGAACCUGGUCUUCAGUCGUUAGUGGAGCUCACAGGCCCCGCUCACCUCGACAAAACAACAUGAGUGGUGCGUCUCCUGGUUCUUCGACUCUUCCAUCCCCUCAGACAGGAACUGUUCCCAUAGAAACCACAGGAACGCCAUCCGCUUCCUCGCCCACUGCUGCUAGCCCUGCCCCCAACAUGAUCCCCUCCUCCGAUGGAAAAGAUUGUCGAGUUCAGGAGACGAGACAAACGUCGCCCACUGCCAACAAGGAGAACAUCAAGCCCUUGGAAAGCUCCCCUAGUAUCUCUAGACCAGUCUGUAAAGGACCUCCCUCUAUGGCACCAGAUCACAGAAAGCAGAUAGACAAUUUAAAGAAAUUUAGUGUAGAUUUUAGGUUGCAGCCUAGUUCAAACCCAGACCCUUCAUUUGAACAGAUGAUGACCAAGGGCCCCAGAGAUUCAGUAGACAAGCCCAAAGACCUACCCCUAGACAAAGCUUCCGCAGCGGGGAGAGAGGCCUCAGAGGACGGGGUGGUGGUCAUCACUCCCGGAACUCCCGGAAGUAGCGCGGCUCCGUCCAGCACCUCCAAUAGCAGCAAACCAGGAAGUCCGGCCGCCCUGUCGCCCUCUCCCUCUGCUCCAGACUUGAAGAGGGCGGGACUGGACAUGAGCGUUCAGACCACACCUACGUCUGCAUACAGCGGAGCCAAGCACGAGGAUAAAGAGGAGAAAAAGGAGGCUGUGCAGGAUCAAGUGAGAAAAUCAACCCUGAACCCAAAUGCCAAUGAGUUCAAGCCCAGGUUCAAUGCACAGCCUAAACCGGCCAACACCCCAACCCCACCUCGGCCUCAGGGGCAGCCUAGCCCCUCCAUCGUGGUGCCACAGCCCCCCACCGUUUAUGGCCAGACGGUCUGCUUCCCCCAAAUGUACCCGCUCACCCCUGUCAGUCCUGGAGUUCAGUCUCCUAUGUACCAGCUUCCGAUCUCUCACAUGACAGUCAGCCAGUCCAAACCCUACAGACCAGUUCCCAACAUGCCCCAGCAGAGGUCAGAGCAGCACCACGCUCCGGGUACUCCCACCAUGAUGCACUCAGCCACAGCGGCCGGACCCCCCAUCAUGGCCACUAGCCCUGCCUACUCGGCCCAAUACUUCACCUGCUCCCCUCAACAGUUCACCAGCCAGCCCCUGGUGCAGCAGAUGCCCCACUACCAGUCCCAGGCGCAGCACGUGUUCAGUCCGGUGAUGCAGGGCAGUGCCAGGAUGAUGGCCCCGCCCACCCACGGGCAGCCCUCCAGCUCCCAGUAUCCAGAGCAGACACACACCAUGUAUGUGUCCCCAGGCCCCAUGCCGCAGCAGUACACGCACCACAGCGCCACCCUGCACCCCCACCCGCAGCACCCCCAGCCCUCGGCCACGCCCACAGGACAGGGCCAACAGGGAGGACCACCUCAGCACACCGGACCCCCAAACCACCCAGCCGCCAGCCCAGUGCAGCACCCACAACACCCACAGGCAGCAGCAGCAGCCGCAGCCCUGCACCUGGCCAACCAGCCUCAGCAGCAGAUGUACUCGGCUCUGGCCCCCACCCCCCCCUCCAUGACCCCCGGCCCAAACCCUCAGUCCCCCCAGGCCUCGUUCCCCUCCGCCCAGCAGACCGUGUACCUCCACCCCACACAGGUGCAGCACGGCUACAACCCCAGCCACAUGGCCCACGUCCAGCAGGCCCACAUGCAGUCUGGGAUCGUGCCCUCUCACCAUCCCGCGCCCACCCACCCCCCCAUGAUGCUGAUGGCAACUCAAGGCCCCCCCGGAGGUCCACAACCCCCCAUGGCCCAGACUGCCCUCAACCCCAUUCCUGUGUCCUCCACUACACACUUCUCGUACCUGACACAUCCAGUGCAACACCAUCAGCAGCAGCUGUAGGCCGGUGUCAGGGCUCCACGGGACCUGCUCUGAGUGGGACGUCCUGCCCAGAGCCUUCAUCGAGAGGCCCCCUCCUUUUCCUCAUCAUCAGACAUGCCUCACAUCUGCUUCCCCCCCGACCCCCUCCCCAGACUAGGC